AAUCAGGUUUGUAAUAUUAGCAUGAUAUAAUGUUAAUUAGACCAUUAUAGGUUGAACUGAAAGAAAAUGUAAUUUUAAUAAAAAAAAUUGUAGCAAUAUGAUAUCACAUAAUAUUUUUCGGAAGGUAGUUCAAUCUGUAAAUGUAUCCCUACCAUCAGUAAUUUUCUUUCCACACGCUCAAAAAAUAACUACUGCGUAAUUUGUUAGUCAGAGAACACAGUGAGGGUUUUUUGGAACAUGCAAGGGAACGCAAAUAUUUAUUUGGAUAACUUAUAGACCGUAAUAUUGCAUCCUAAUGUGUUUAAUGGCAUUUGGAUAGGGGUGUUAUACGAUCUUCCAAACAGCAGGAGGCGCAGUCGAGGGGUCUGAGAAUGCGGGACUCUGGGUGCAGGACUGUAUCUGCAGGCUUUGAGAUUUUGAAAAUCCACCUCUCCCGGUUCAUCUGAACCAGUCAGCGCAGGGCUGUGUAAAAAUCUGCCUGUCAAUCAGAGUUCCUGCAUACAGAUGCCCCCUUUCCCCUCGCGCGCGCUAUAAUAUCACAUGCAUUCGCCUGAAGUUCACAAGGCUGUGGGGAUUGAACCCAGCGUGAUGGCGGAGGGAACAUUCACUCAGAACAAACUUCCGAUUCCUCGGUUAGCAACCAUAGCUAGGAGAACAACCAAGAAAAAGAAAACAACCAAGGAAAAGAAUGAAACAAAGAUAGAAAGCGACCGUGCCCGUAAUAAAACUAGGAUCAAUAUUGGACCGGCAUUUGAAAGGUGGAGAGAUCUACGAGAUUUUAAAGGGUUCAAACUGGAUGCAGAGCUUGCCACUUUUCUUCUCAAAAGUUUUGAGAAGAUGAUGAUAAAAGAGGAGAAGGAUGAGAUGUUCUGUAAAUCAGUAGGAACUGAUCUGUCCAUGCUGGAUAUUGAUGUUUUCAUCACAGAAAUCUCUCGGCUGAAGAAAGAGGUGGCGUUACUGGAGACAAAGCUGAGGUUAAGAGGAGAUGAAGGACUGAUGAGAGAGGAUGUGGAUGUGGUUUGUUGUGAAUCUUCCACACAGGACUCCGAGCUCAGUCUGACUUUACUCUGUUAUACUGAGUCAAAGCCCACAGACGCUCAGGACACUACAGUGUGUGACAGUAAUCAAGGCUUACAGGAUGAGGAAUCUACUGAUCAAACCUCCACAGAGUCUCUGGAUUCUGUCUGGAACGCUGGAGAACAGCAGCAGAUCCUACAGAUGUGUUCAGUCAAACCGAUGGACCGUGGGAUCCAAACAGAGAUUAAAACAGAACCCACAGAAAUAGAAGUAGACCCCACAGAAGAGGAACAUCACACCGACGACGAUGAUGAUGAUGAUGAUGAUGAUGAUGAUGAUGAUGAAUACUAUGAUGACGACGAUGAUGAUGAUUUUAGUCCUUCAGAUAUGAAGAGUGAAUCAAGUUCUGGGGAAGAGACCUCCUCUACAUCACACAAGCCGUUUUACUAUGUUGGAAGACCUUACCAAUGCACUGAAUGUGGCAAAUGUUUAAGCAACAAAUACAAUCUUGAUGUUCAUAAGAUGACUCACACAGGAGAAAAACCAUACGAGUGUCCUCACUGUGAGAAGAGAUUUGCCUGUUCCUUCAAACAAAAGAAACACCUGCGUGUACACACCAAUGAGAGACCGUAUCAGUGCAGUCACUGUGGAAAAACCUUUAGGUUUAUAGAAACUUUAAGGAAGCACGAAAUAACACACUCUGAGAGAUCCCAUCAAUGUUCAUACUGUGAUAAACGUUUCUAUCAUAAAAUGGAUCUGAUAAUCCACGAGAGAACUCAUACUGGAGAGAGACCUUAUCUCUGCUGUGACUGUGGAAAGAGCUUCUCUAGUCCCACAGCCUUUGGUUUUCAUAAGCGAGUUCACACUGGAGAGAAACCUCAUCAAUGUAGUUUUUGUGGGAAGUGUUUUAGUAAACGUAGUAAUUUAAAGACGCACCUAAGAAUUCAUACAGGUGAAAAACCUUACAAAUGCACCGAGUGCGGAGAGGGGUUUAAUCAAGCGGUUCUUCUGAGAAUCCAUCAGAGAGUUCAUACAGGAGAGAAACCUUACGUCUGCUCCAUCUGUGGAGAGAGAUUCGCUAAUGUAGGACCUUUUAAGACUCAUCAGAAGAAGCAUGCUGAGCAACCAACAGACCAAUAACUUGUAAAUAAAAAUUGUUACAAACACGGCUUACAUUUGUAAUUUGAGAUUUUUGUCCUUCUCUGGAUACCUUAUUUAGAUUAAUAACACUCAGAUUUAUAUAUCGGAAGAGUUGAUCUGCUGUGAGUUUCACCCUUGGUUAUGAUCGGCUACACUAGAUGAUGUUAAUGCUGUACACUCAAUAAAACCCAUUGGGGUCGUUCUAAAGUUCUGGUUUUGUCACAUUUAUUAUCUGGGCCUGAAUACACAAAGCAUUGUAUCUUACAACAAAUAGUUCUCUGAAGUAGUCUUGACUAAACCUUUUCACAAAGCAGCUGAGACCAAGUUACUAAUUUUAAAAUGGUAA